UUCCGUUGCUGCGACACGGGAUGUCAACAAAUAUGGCCGACAGAGAGAAGCGCCGGUCCGCCGUGUCCGGGGAGUCUCCCCCCGCGGUGGUUGCCGAGCCGGGCCCCAAAGCCUCCGGGCCGGACGCCGACCGAGAAUUCCUGUCGCAGGCCGGCGUGGGCGAGCUGCUUCGCGGCGCCGUGUUGAAGAUGGUGGAGGCCCGGCCGGACGACCCCGUCGGCUUCCUGGCCGACCACUUCGGCAGCUUGGCCGCCGCCGUGGUGGAGAGCGGCGACGAAGCUCUCAAGGAGCCGCGUCUGAACGACGAGGAAGGAGGAGGCGGCGCCCAGGCUCAGCAGCGACUCAACCGAGCGCUGUGGCACCUGCGCCUGGCCCACCACUCGCAGAGAUCAGCAUUUGGCAACAAUGUCCGUGUGGCUUACGACCUCCUGAGCCUGGCGGGACCCUUCCGGCAUGCGGGCGAGGGCAGCCCCGCGGGAGCAACGGGAGGUGGCGUGAGUGGCGGCCUUUACACUCAGACCUUGCGGUGUUUGUGCGGCGAGGGCGGCGUCCCGGCCUCCACUUCCGCCCCGCUACUGGGCCGCCUCCACUGCCACGACCACGAGGCCGUCCCGUACGGCGUCUUCCGCCACGGCGUGCUGACCUGCGCCGUUUUCUCCGACUACAUCCGCCAGGCGCAGAGGCUCUACGCUCAGGUGUGCCGCCCGGACGAGGGGCCGGCUUUGCGGGCCCCGUGCCUGGCUGUGCUGGGCGCCCUGAGGGAGGCUCUGGAGACGUCGCGCGACGCCGACUCCUCCGGCGUCCAGGUGCUGCGUCGCCUAGAGGCCAGCGCCAAAAUGUCGCCGCACCAGGUGGCGUGCGCCAUGACUGAAGCGCAGGCGCGAGGCCCGGCUGGCCACAUGGACGCCAAGGAAUUUGAGAACGCCGCCGCGAAACUCUUUAUCGCUUGUGUGAAAGUGGUCUCGUAGCUUGCUUUUCUCCGUGACGUCACACAUAUUUCCGGGUGGCUUGGGACAUCACCGAUGGCACCAUUAGUAAACAAACUCUUCUGUGUCCUUUGACCAAAGCAGGGCCAUUGAGCUAGCGAUAAAUGAUUAUUGUAGCCUUCCUCUCUACUACCAGUUGUUUGAAUGUGUGAAGUGUCAGUCGAAAAGGUGUGAGCCACUUAGAACUAAAGGUGGGUAGCUCCAUUUUUGUCAUUUUGCUGGAGAGGAAUUUUCUGGCGACAAUAAAAUCUGCCUCGCCUCAA